GUGCAAAAAAAAAAAAAGAAAAAUAGUGAAGUCAACAAUAACAUACACGAUUACAUGACACGAAGUUUAGAUGAUUGAGUUUUAUUAAUUUUAAUAAAUAACAGUGAUUAAAAAAAAUGGAGCCAAUAGACGAAAUUGAAAAGCUUGAGUAUCUCUCAUUAGUUUCUAAAAUUUGCACUGAAUUGGAAAACCAUUUGGGUCUCAAUGACAAGGAUUUAGCUGAGUUCAUAAUUCAUUUAGCAACAGAAAACCCGACAUCUGAUGGAUUUAAACAAGCGUUACGAGAUAGUGGAGGCGAACUUUCUGAUUCCUUUAUGGACAAUUUACUCCGAAUAAUUCAGCACAUGAAGCCUUCUAAAACAACAGACAAUAAUUCGAUGAAAAAUUCAAAACAGAGUGAAGCGGCUAAAAAAUAUCCAGUAUUGGCCUUGGCAAACAGCGUGCCAGUAGCUCUUUCAGACGAUGAGGAGGUGAACGAAGCCAUGUCAGCACUCGAAGCCUUGGCUCCUUCUUCUCUGCAAAAAUCCAAUGAAAAUAAUGAGAAUGAAAAAAGUUCUAAAAAGGCAGAGAAGAAAGAUAAGCAUAAACGGUCACGGUCUAGAUCUAAAUCAAGAGAGCGAAGACACAGAUCGCGAAGUCCUCCGAGAAGAAGACAGAGAUCUCGAUCUCGCAAUAGAUCUGCUACGAGAAAUAGUAAAUUAAAGUCUAGGAAUCGUGAUAGGUCAAGGUCGAGAAAUCGGGAUAGGUCCAGGUCAAGAAAUCGCGAUCAAAAGCGACGAAGAUCGCGAAGCCGCAACAGAUCGUCCUCAAGGGAUCGAAAACCGCGACGCAGAUCAAGAGACAGGUCUGAUCGGGACCGAAGAAAAAUUGAAAGUCGCUCGAGAUCUAGAUCAGCUGAAGAAAUUCCAUUAGAUCCUGAAGUUGGAAAAAUUUACUCUGGAAAAGUAGCAAAUAUUGUACAGUUUGGAUGUUUCGUACAAUUAGAAGGAUUAAGACGAAGGUGGGAAGGCUUGGUACAUAUUUCACAAUUACGACGCGAAGGACGUGUCGUCAAUGCCAGUGAUGUAAUUUCUCGUGGUCAAAAAGUUUUAGUCAAAGUGUUGAACAUUAAUGGCCAAAAAGUUUCACUGACUAUGAAAGACGUUGACCAAGAAACUGGACGAGAUUUAAAUCCUAUUUUACCGUUGACAAAGUCAGAAGAAGAUGAAAAACACUUGAGAAACCCUGAUCGUCCAACUUCACUCUUAGAGCUACAAGGAAAUAUUGAUGAUGAUGAAACGCAUUCACGAAAACGAGUUCAACGUAUUUCAUCUCCAGAAAGGUGGGAAAUCAAACAGAUGCUUGCUGCUAGUUGUAUCGAUCGCAGUGAGCUGCCUGAAUUUGAUAUGGAGACUGGAGUGCUUCCUCGUGAAGAUGAUGAGGAAGAAGACGUUGAAAUUGAGUUAGUAGAGGAAGACCCGCCGUUUCUUCACGAUCACGACAGAGCUCUUCGAGAUUUGAGUCCUAUAAGGAUUGUUAAGAAUCCUGAUGGAUCUCUAGCUCUGGCUGCAAUGACGCAAAGUGCUCUGGCUAAAGAACGUCGAGAGCAAAAAAUGCUGCAACGUGAACAGGAAAUGGACCAGGCGCCUACUGGGUUUAACAAAACUUGGAUUGAUCCUCUUCCCGACACGGAAAAUCGAAAUUUAGCUUCAAAUAUGCGGGGUAUUGGAUUACAAUCUCAAGAUUUGCCAGAAUGGAAGAAGCAUGUGAUUGGUGGUAAGAAAUCUUCCUUCGGUAAAAAGACUAAUUUAACUCUUCUAGAACAACGACAGCACUUGCCAAUUUUUAAGUUGAGAGACGAAUUGUUGAAAGCUGUAACAGACAAUCAAAUUUUGAUAGUUAUCGGUGAAACUGGUUCAGGGAAGACAACGCAAAUAACACAAUAUUUAGCAGAAGCAGGAUUUACGGCAAGAGGAAAAAUAGGUUGCACACAACCCAGGAGAGUUUCAGCUAUGUCUGUCGCUAAAAGAGUCGCUGAAGAGUUUGGAUGUCGGCUUGGUCAAGAAGUUGGUUACACAAUACGAUUUGAAGACUGUACCGGACCUGAAACGAGCAUUAAAUACAUGACUGACGGUAUGCUUCUUCGUGAGUGUUUGAUGGACCUCGACUUGAAAAUGUACUCAGUAAUUAUGUUGGACGAGGCUCAUGAACGUACUAUCCACACUGAUGUUUUAUUCGGUUUGUUAAAACAAGCUGUUGAACGGCGACCAGACUUGAAGCUAAUCGUUACAAGUGCUACUCUUGAUGCAGUCAAGUUCUCUCAGUACUUCAAAGAAGCUCCAAUCUUCACAAUACCUGGUCGUACAUUCGAGGUAGAAAUAAUGUACACAAAAGAACCUGAGACGGAUUACUUGGAUGCUGCUUUGAUAACUGUGAUGCAAAUCCAUCUACGAGAACCACCGGGAGAUAUUCUGUUGUUUUUAACGGGUCAAGAAGAAAUCGACACUGCCUGUGAAAUUCUUUACGAGCGCAUGAAAUCACUGGGCCCAGACGUUCCUGAGCUUAUUAUUCUCCCUAUAUACUCAGCGCUGCCCUCUGAAAUGCAAACUAGAAUUUUUGAACCUGCACCACCUGGAUCACGUAAAGUUGUUAUUGCGACAAACAUCGCUGAAACAAGUCUGACUAUUGAUGGGAUUUAUUACGUCGUUGAUCCGGGAUUUGUCAAGCAGAAAGUCUACAAUUCUAAAACCGGCAUGGACAGUCUGAUCGUUACGCCAAUCAGUCAAGCUGCUGCAAAACAGCGUGCGGGUCGCGCGGGAAGAACUGGCCCGGGAAAAUGUUACAGGCUGUACACAGAACGGGCUUACAGAGAUGAGAUGUUGCCUACUCCAGUUCCUGAAAUUCAAAGAACUAAUUUAGCUACCACUGUGUUACAAUUGAAAACAAUGGGUAUCAAUGAUUUAUUGAACUUUGGAUUCAUGGAUCCUCCUCCUGCAGAAUCAUUAGUUAUGGCUCUUGAGUUAUUACACAGUCUCAGUGCUUUGGAUAAUGAAGGCUUGCUUACGAGACUAGGAAGAAGAAUGGCCGAAUUUCCACUGGAGCCAAAUCUCUCGAAAAUGUUGAUUAUGAGUGUCCAUCUUCAAUGCUCCGAUGAAAUAUUGACAAUUGUUAGCAUGCUGUCUGUACAAAAUGUAUUUUAUCGGCCAAAAGAUAAACAAGCGUUGGCUGAUCAGAAAAAAGCCAAAUUCAAUCAAGCUGAAGGGGAUCAUCUUACUCUUUUAGCAGUUUACAAUUCUUGGAAGAAUAAUAAAUUCAGCAACGCGUGGUGUUACGAGAACUUUGUUCAAAUUCGGACAUUGAAGCGAGCUCAAGAUGUAAGGAAACAAUUGCUCGGUAUUAUGGACAGGCACAAAUUGGAUGUCGUUUCUGCUGGAAAAAAUACAGUACGAGUUCAAAAAGCUGUUUGCUCGGGUUUCUUCAGGAAUGCAGCGAAGAAAGACCCUCAAGAAGGAUAUAGAACGCUGGUUGAUAGCCAAGUUGUAUACAUUCAUCCAAGCAGUGCUUUGUUUAACAGACAACCUGAGUGGGUCAUUUACCACGAGCUUGUACAAACUACUAAGGAAUAUAUGCGGGAGGUAACUACCAUUGAUCCUAAAUGGCUUGUAGAAUUUGCGCCAGCUUUCUUCAAAUUUAGUGACCCGACCAAGUUGAGCAAGUUCAAGAAAAAUCAACGACUCGAACCAUUGUACAAUAAAUAUGAAGAACCCAAUGCGUGGCGAAUUUCUAGAGUACGACGUCGACGAAAUUAAAUUUCAUUUUAUUUUUACGUAUAUAAUUUUAUAGUCUAUUGAAUUUAUGAUUUGAUCAUUAUUAUGUACUAAUGCACAUAAUUGCAAUAAUUAUAUUGUUAUUUUUUUGUAAAUAUUUAUAAAAUAUUAUUAUCAUUAAUAAAAUAAAUUAUAUGAGUA